AUGAAGUACUCUCUUGCGCUGACUCUGGCUUCGGCGGGCUCCCUGGCGGCCGCCCACGGUCACGGUGGUCACGCCCAGUUCCACAAGCGCGUCGUCGAUACCGAGACUAACACCAUUGAGGUUGCUGGCCCGACUGUCUACGAUUUCGUUGUCCUGGAAUCCGGUGUCGCCCAGCCUAUCAGCGAUGAGGCUGCUUGCGAGGGCCUUGCUGACCACGAGUUGGAGUUCCUCGGUCCUUCCAUUGCUGCUGCAUGUGCUGCCCUAAGCACCAGCGCCAGCGUGACUUCCACCUCCAUCUCUACUACCUCCACCUCCACUACUUCCGUCCCCACUACUACUCCCGCCCCUGCAACUUCCACUAUCGCCCCCCUGGUACUCCUUCAGACUUCUGCUGCUAUCUCCUCCAUUUCCAGCAGCUCUACUGUUGAGUCCUCCAGCACCGCCGAGGCCGCUGCUAGCACUGCCGCUGCCACCAGCUCUGGCACUGGUGUUGACCGGACCUUCGUUUCCGGAGAGCUCUCUUGUGAUACUUUCCCCAGUGAUUAUGGCGCCCUUUCUCUCGACUACCUCGGAAUUGGCGGCUGGUCCGGUAUCCAGUACCUCACCAUCGUUGAUGAAAUUAUCAGCAGCAUUUCCACUGCUGUCGCCGGUGGUGAUAACUGCACUGAGGGUGCUAUGUGCUCAUACGCAUGCCCUCCCGGUUACCUGAAGACCCAGUGGCCCUCCCUUCAGGGAUCCUCUGGUGAGUCUAUCGGUGGAUUGACUUGCAAGAAUAACAAGCUCCACUUGACCAACUCCGAUUACAGCGACAAACUUUGCAUUGCUGGUACCGGCGGUGUGAACGUUGUCAACAAAUUGAGCACCCAUGUCGCUGUUUGCCGUACUGACUACCCCGGUACUGAAUCCGAGACUAUUCCCCUGUCUGCCACCGCCGGUGAUACCCACGCCCUGGCCUGCCCCAACAGUGCCGAAUACUACAAAUGGGAGAACAAGGACACUUCCGCCCAGUACUACGUCAACAACAAGGGAGUCUCCACUGAGGUAGGUUGCCAGUGGGGUGAUGGCUCCGCCCCCGUCGGUAACUGGGCCCCCAUGAACAUUGGCGUCGGAUACACUGAUGGUACCACCUGGUUGUCCAUGUUCAAGAACGAGCCCACCACUGACGCCGACCUUGACUUCAAGGUCAAGAUUGUUGGUACUGGCAUCAAGGGUGAAUGCUUCUACGAUGGUAAAGGUACUUUCUACGAUGCCAGCGGCGCGAUCAGUGGUACCAACGGCUGCACUGUCAGCUUUACCACCGGUGAAGCCUACUUCCAUUUCUACGAGUAA